AUGGGCGUGUCGGGCGGUCGUUGGCGCGACAAGGACAAGUACGACCCAGGGUACAACCUGGCCCCCGGCGCUCAUCUGCCUGUCGUCUACUGCACCACUGGCAACGAUACAGAUUGCAAAAGAGAAAUGGCCAGCAUGAAAUGGGGCUUGGUUCCGUUCUGGUCCAAGGUCGGCGACAACCGUCUCUACAAGAUGAGCAACGCACGUGCAGAGACGCUGAAGGUCAAGCGAAGCUACAAGGACCUCAUCCCCAGCAAACGGUGCGUCGUGGUGAUCGAGGGCUACUUCGAGUGGGAGUGCUCGACCCCCUCGCCCGGCGUGCAGGCCAAGCAGCCCUUCUUCUUCCAACGCCCCGACCGCAAGCUGUUGGCCUUGGCCGGCCUCUACGACUGCUGGAAGGACUCACAAGGCAAUGAACUGUUGACCUUCACAAUGAUCACAACUGCCGCGGCUCCCAACCUCGCUUGGUGUCAUGAGCGCAUGCCAGUGAUCCUUGACGAAGCCGGCAUCGAGAUUUGGCUGCGCACGGGUAAGUACUCGAGCGACGAGGCCCUGGCGCAGCUGAAGCCGGACCCAGGGCUGGAGUGGUACCCCGUACCAAGUCUCGUCGGCAACGUGAAUAACAACUCGCCCGAGUGCAUACAGCGGCUCGAGCUGCGAGCCAAGCGCAGCUCGCCAUCAUCAUCGCCACAGCGUCCGCAACAGCCGCGGUCCCCAGUCAUCAAGCAGCCACGCAUCGAGAGCUUCAUUCAGAGCAUCAAGCGUGGGGACGAGAGCGGUGGUGUCAAGCCCGAGCGCUCUCCCUCUUCCUCCUCUUCCUUCUCCACUCCGUCCCUGCCGCCACCCACGUCGCCCUACCGAGCGAAGCUGGAGCCGCAGGACCGGCGCAUCUACGCCUCGCAGCGCACCUCCUCUGCUUCACCUUCGUCUUCUUCUCCUUCGACUUCUUCUCGAGGCUCAUCAGUUUCUUCCUCUGCGCUCUCUUCGUCACCUCUCCUCACUCCUGCCGCGCCCUUGGCAACCGCCCGCGGGAAGAGGAAGCGCGACGACGAUGGAGAGGUUGAGGUCAAGGCCGACGAGUCCGACCGAAGCAGCAAGGUGUGCGCGAACGGUGAGCAGUCACGCCAGGUCAAGCGCGAACACGACGACGAU